AUGAUCAUGGAUGUGAUCAACGAGACGGCACAGGCGCUGGCCCUGCAAAACAGCAACACUGGUUCACUCAACACAAACAACAAUAAUAAUAACCAGAAUAAUCCCAAUAACACCGGGGGAGGAGGAGGUGGAGGGGGCAACACAAAUGGUGGGGGACAUCAACAACAGGGUGGCCAACAAUUCCCGCAAAAUCAGCAACAAUUUCCGCAAAGAAACCAAAAUAAUUAAAUGCUGAACAUCGAGGGCUAUUUGACUAUUAAUUAUUAUGAUGAUUAUUUACUGAGUUUACCCAUUUUUUGUAGUGUCAAUGGCAAUUUUAAAUUUUUGAAAUGUUUUAAUGUUACUAUGUUGAAUAAAAUUCUGUUAUGUUAUUGUUAAGCAAUAUA